AUGUGGGGCUUCUCCUUGCAGAGGAGAGCGCUGCACGCCUCGGUAUGUUUAAUGAAGAAGUUGAAGGGUAAAACUGCUGCUGAGCAGCGCUGGAUGCUGCGGCAGCUCAAAGACCCGUAUGUCAAAGCUUCUCACGCCCAAAACUUCCGGUGCAGAAGCGCCUUCAAGCUGCUGGAGAUAGAUGACAAGUUUCGGCUUUUACAGCCUGGACACAGUGUGGUGGACUGCGGAGCCGCACCUGGAGCCUGGAGUCAGGUGGCAGUCCAGAGGGUUAACUCAGCCGGGACAGGUGAGACAGAUCCAGAUUUACCAUUCGGCACAGUUGUUGGCGUUGAUCUGCUGAACAUACCACCGCUGGACGGUGCCCACUUCCUAUCCAAUCAUGAUGUCACUGACCCCGCCACACAUGCCAAGCUGCUGGAGCUGCUCCCCAGCGGCCAGGCUCAUGUCAUCCUGAGCGACAUGGCGCCCAACGCCAGCGGGUUCCGAGAGAUGGACCACGAGAGACUCAUCAUGAUGUGUAUGUCUUUGAUAGACUUGGCUGAGAGGAUUUUGCAGCCGGGGGGCUCCCUGCUUUGUAAAUACUGGGAUGGGAUCCUGGCUCAUAAACUCCAGGAGCGACUCUCAAGUGUGUUCAAGAGCGUUCAGACUUUAAAGCCACACGCCAGCAGAAAGGAUUCAGCUGAGAGAUAUUUCUUCGCUAGAAUGUACAGAAAGCCAGUGAAAUGAUCAGAGGUGUCUUUUAUUUUCUAAUGUGACUUCUAAAAUGAGCAAUUUGUCCAAUUUAGAUGUUUUCUGGAGAUUCACUUCAGUGCACACAGUGUUUGAUGAGUGAACAUGAAGAGAAGGCUGAGUUAAUAACUUUGAUCAAAAGGUGGCACUGUUGAGGCAUCGGUAAGGCCCACAGCUGCAGGCGCAGACACAUAACAUACUGUUGGUGCUGAUUUUUGGUCCUUCAAACUUAACACAGUAGCAGCAGUGAAUCUGUAAUAUGUAAACCUAUGCAAGAGUCAUCAGUGUGAUAUUCCUCAAGAGCCCAAUGCUGUGUUUUCUCUCAAGUUAUUGUUUGCCCCACAGUGUUUGUUCUACACAGUCAGUUUGGUGUUUGCUUUGUUACAGAAAGUCAUUUACCAAUGCUGCCUAUGCUAAUAAUUUGCACUGCCAGCCAUGUAGAAAUAUGUAAUCAUUCUCUCGUUGAGAGCUUAUGAAGGGAAAACCUAAUACAUAAGAGUCACAUACAGCAUGACUAAUGGGAAGUGGGAUGAUACUGGAGCUUGGCAAGCUGCAAGUGGUGUCUGCCUGUGCUCUCUGACAGUGGAGAGAUGUCCAUUUCCUGGGAAAAUGUUUUCAGCCCAGUCGACAGAUUUUCUUUUAAGAUUCUUGCUUGAAUCACCAUGCUGAACAUUUUGUGAAGUACACUUCAUUUUGUUUGUUUUUGUGCUUUUUCAUACUGAUCUGAUUCUGCUCUGACCAGAAUUUAGAACCAAUGGUGGUGAAAUAAAAGGCUGUUUCUGUCAGAGCUGACUUAUAAAAGACACAACUGGACGGCUAUAUUUGAUGUAACAGUCUACAAUGUUGUGUACAUAAUUGUUCACUAAGAUUUGGGCCCUGUGCAUAUGCACUCUGUGGAUCCACUUCUCUUCUUAAUACAUCAUUUCAGAUGCAUGUGCAAAUAACUACGCCUUUUUGUUUUUGAUCAUUUUUUGUGUGUUUUAUGCCCUAAUUAUGACCACCAGUAGAGAAGUGACAAGAGCGAGAGAGCUGGAGCAUGGCAUCCCCAUGUACAAAUAUCUGAAUAAUGACCAAACAUGCAUUCAUCAUGGGAAUCUUGUUUGUGCCACUUUUAAGCUAAUACUACUCAAAUAAAUCUGAUACUUUUAGAAUGAAGUUUGCUUGGAGUGGGAUCAUAAAUUAUAGAUAAAAAGCCUCCACGCUGAGAAAGGAUGGCUGUAUUUCAUGAUAACAGACAAGAAAAGGAGGUUUUACUGUAGCCAUGUUUGACAGUGUUAGCUGGUAGUGUUCACUCUUGAUGUUUGAUGUAACUCUUUUAGGGUAAACCACAGCAAAUGGUUGGCUGAUAAAUCUUUUAGUAGCCACUUUAUGAGCUCACCUCACAUCCGCAGCAACUUGGGAAUAAGGAUGUAGGGAAGGGAAGAGCUUAAUUUGUCAGCAAGCUAAGCUAAAAUGCUAGUUAGCUAGGUUCAAGCUGCAUAUCAGAACAAGUGUUCACUUAUCUGACUUUUCAAAUUAUUUUCAAAACAACUGUUUUCUCUCAAAUGAUCAUUAUUAAUGUGUAGCAUUUCUCUUUACUAGCCUAACCUCUCUUUGAUAGCUUCCAUUUAGAUAUUAGCGCUGAAGUUUUCACCUGCAAUUACAUUGGUUUGGCCUUAGCCAGCGGACUAAACCAUGUGCAUCUUACGGAAAGGGAACUCCCAAGAGAUGCUUCAACUUUAUUUUCAAAUUAGUCAAUUUAGCCAUCACUACUAUUCCAUUAUCGAGGUUAACAAAGUAAAGAUUUAAAAUGACAGAUAAGUCAACCUUUUAAUUCCAGGUGUCCAGAGAGUUUUCCCCAUGCUUGGGCCCCAGGUGGUUCGUUCCACUAUUCCCCUCACUAUGUUGGCAGCCAUUCAUUAAUAACAAGCAUGUACGGUACAGAUAUGUUGUGGAUUAUGGAUGCUGUGUAUAAAUGGAAAUAACCUUGUGAGACGUACAUGUAGAAAACAUUCAAUUAAGCAUAGAAUUUUAUGGAAGUAAAGCAUUUUUGUUAAAUUUCAGGGUUGCUCAUGUAGUACCAAAUUAUUUUUGCCUGUUCCAGAUGGAUUAACACGUUCCUUAUAGCGUACCUGGAAAUUCUU